CCGGUGGCUAUGGACACGAUAACGAGCCCGUCUAUACGUGCCGAGCUCUUGCGGAUUUCCAAUCAACGAGCCACCAUCGCUGUGCAGCGCGCCGCUCUAGAGAAGCAGGAUUGCCAACUGGCCUAUCUCUGGAACACGUAUCAGCAUCCCAAUCGACUUCCUGCGGAAGUUUUGGUCGAAGUCUUUACAGCGAGCGCCUUGCGUGGCUACAUCCCUACCUCCUCAUGGAUGAGCCUAAGGCUGGUCUGUCGUCAUUGGGACGAAGUCGUCUGUGGGACGCCCUCGUUUUGGCGCACGGUCGACGUCUACAGAAAUCAGAACUGGCUGGCGCUGUGCCUCUCUCGUUCCGCUCAAGCGACCCUGGACAUCAUUUUCCAUCCCGCGUCAUCGCAGUUUCCCAUAGAGGGCCUCCAGACGUCACUUUUCCUUCACGCGGCUCGCAUAUGCUCCCUAACUGUCCUGCACCGUGUCCCACAGGAAACACUCUCCAACCUCCUCCCGUUGUUCGCCUUCGACAUGCCCGUCCUCGAGAACGUCACCUUCGUAUCGCCUCUUCCCUGGGCCGCGGAACUUCACUUUUCUCACCAACGCCACCCACAUGUUCGACGGUUGUAUUUGAACCGUCUAUGUUGCCCCGUGGAUCUUCAGCUCCUAUCCAAUUUGUGCUCCCUGACCCUCACUACAUGCCGCGACGCCUUCCGGGUGGACGAUUUCUUCGACCUUCUAGCGUCAAGCUCCCGCCUCGAGAGCCUACGGCUCGACCACUUUCUUCACGGGCUCAUCGGCCGGCUUCGUCCGCUUUCGACCUCCCUCAGGCAAACGAUCGCGUUGCCUCGGCUCACCGGCCUCCGUCUCACGGAGAGUGAUAUGGACAUCAUAUCGACGUUCACAUCGUAUCUGCGCCUCCCGCCCAGCGCAAGCAUCUAUCUGUCCUGCUACCCUGAGAGCACUCCAACAGUUGACCCGCUUUCCAACUUCCUACCCCCGAUCGCUCAUCGCACGUCAUUCAUGCCACUCCUCAGCUGUUCGACAGUGACCGAGGCCUCUCUCUGGCUCUCCUGUGCGAAAUAUGCGAUGAGGGCGUUGGACACCACGCACGGAUCGACGCUCUUCCUGAGCAUCCACGAGUCGGCGGGAGAGGUGCUAGAACACGACUCGAUGGGCCUUCAGCAUGGUGUUUCGGACCUGCUCGACCUUUUGGAUUCCGGAGCCGCUCCUCUGACCCGUCUGUCCAUUGCCGGCCUCGAAGACAAUGCCCCGGUCCGGGCUUGGGGCCAGCUAUUCACGUCGUUCCCCGCGCUGGAGUUCCUCACGCUCUCCCCGGCCGGGUCUCGGACGCGCGUGGCGACGUUAUGGACCGCGCUUCGUGGUUCCGGUGGAGCCGACGCGGAUACGAUCGACUCAACGACCGUCAUUACAUGGCCGCGCCUGUCGCAUCUGGAGUUCGGAGACGGCUUUAUCAUGUCCCCCGCACUCUUUUCCCAAAUGCUGGACUGUCUGGAGUGGAGAGAGGAAAGGGGCUCGCGACUGCGGUAUCUUCAGCUGGACGACCGCAUGCACAGAGACGACGGUCAGCUAGCGAACAUCUCGACGGACAAUCUCGACAUAGCACGGUUGAGAACCCUUGUAGAUGAGUUAGCGAUGUAA